AUGGAGUCUAGGCCCGGUGCGAUAAGAGAACUUGCCACAGAGCUUCAGAAUGGAGGAUACACAGUUACUCUGGAGCCCUACAAUUCCUUCGAUAUCUGGAACAACUUCUUUGAUAUGGCUAUAUCGCGACUUCAAAUGACGGUAGAAAACUUCUGGAAACAAUACGUUACCGCCACACUCUAUACACCAUCAACAGCGAUGCCAGUCAUAAAGCCCGCCGAUGGUCUCAGGAAUACGUGCGUUUCUGUUCCGGACGGACCAAAGAAGACCCCAGCGCUUGUACCAAACACAGGUAGCAGUGGUAAUCCGAGGAACUCGGCAAGCACAUCUUCUGCGAAAAGCCAAGGUACUGCAAACCGAAGCACAUUCCCAUCUGGUACAUUGGUGCCACCCCAAGCCGUCCCAGUCGCCUCGUCGCAAGUGACAGCAGCAACAUCGUCGAACCCGUCAAACGUGACAAUUCCUUCAUCCGGCGAUUUUAUUCAUGUUUGCUUCAAAGUGAAGAGGUACUUCAAGCUUCGCCAUGACUUACUUCUAACCCAGGUCAGUAAAGAUCGUGAGCUUUUUACCAACCUUCGCGAAGCGUAUGCUGCAAACUUCUCGUGGGCUCACCGCAAUCUGAGCAUAUGGACUGUCCAGAAGAUCAACUAUGUCAGGGUAAGAGACAGCUACUGUAGCGAAAGAAAGUUCUGA